UUCUUGGCAUUGGUCCUUGACUCCAUGGCUGCACAGCUUUGUGAAGGAUGCGCAGGAACAGUAUAACAAGCUGCGGAUGAUGCACUCUAACAUGGAGAGCCUCUAUAAGGAGCUGGGCGACUACUUCCUCUUUGACCCCAAGAAGGUGUCUGUGGAAGAAUUCUUCAUGGAUCUCCACAACUUUAAGAAUAUGUUUGUGCAAGCCGUCAAAGAGAACCAGAAGCGGCGGGAGACAGAGGAAAAGAUGCGGCGAGCAAAACUAGCCAAGGAGAAGGCAGAGAAGGAGCGGCUGGAGAAGCAGCAGAAGAGAGAGCAACUCAUAGACAUGAAUGCAGAAGGUGAUGAAACAGGUGUGAUGGAUAGUCUCCUGGAAGCCCUGCAGUCAGGUGCAGCAUUCCGACGGAAGAGAGGACCCCGUCAGGCCAACAGGAAAGCUGGGUGUGCAGUCACAUCUCUGCUGGCCUCGGAGCUGACCAAGGACGAUGCCAUGACUGCUGUUGCUGCCAAGGUGCCCAAGAUCAGUGAUGGGGUCCCCACAAUCCUUGAGGAAACCAAGGAGUUGGUUGGCCGUGCAAGCUAAUCUGGGUCCUGUGGCCGAGGCUCCUCCUCAGUGGAGCCCCAGACUGUCCUGCCUGCAGCCUGUGCCUAAAGGGUCAUGGAGAUACCCCUGUGGGUGGCCGUUCCCAUCGCCCCGAUCCUGUCUUUCUCUCUGGCCUGCUGCUCUCGGUCUGUCAUACACAGCUUCAGCUGCCUGGGGGCCAGCAGGAGAGGGCGGUAGGGGGAGGCCUGAGCCCAACCCAGCCAGCCCUGGCUGUUGCAUUACCAAAGCAGGCUCUGUGUUCGCUGCCUUAACCCCAAGUGUCUCCUCUCUGAUACUCUGAGGCCUCUCUCAGACAGAGUCCCACCUGCUUUCUCAGCCUCUGGCUUUCCAGUGGGCUUCCCAUAGGUCAAUCUUGCUGGGUCUGUGCUUUUUUUGUGGUUUCUUUGGCCCUGAGAACAGCAUGGGGCUUGUGAACCUUUGGGCUAUAUCCCACCUUUCAUUGCGGUUCCCUCUGCUCUGCUCUUUCUUCUCCUGGCUGUUAUUUAUUACUAGUGGUGUGGCAUUGGGAGCUACUUCUAAGGAAGUGGUGGGAAAUCCCACCCGUACUCCACCUUCCUGAGAAAGACCUCCCAAAACAAAAAAGGACCUGGACCACCUUUAUGUGCUCCACUGGGGCUUAGGCCAGAGCCUGUGGGCAGGCCGGGCAUAGAGACAUGGUGGGACCUGCCCAGCCUGCUGCCUGCUUGGUGCCCUUGCCUCUCUGGACCCUCUACACCACCCCAGGCUCCUGAGCCAUGGUCCCUCCUGCCCUCCCCAGAGCUUUGGUGCAUCUCAUCUGGAGUAUUGUGACCAUCCCAACACCUCACCCUCUGUCUCCAAGGAAAUGGGAGGUGGAGCCUCCUGGCUGAGAAAUUGUUUUGCAAAUGGAUCUAUUUUUGUAUGAGAUUUUUUUUUUUUUUAAAGAAAAAUAACUCUUCCUUCCCCCUUUCUCCUCCAUAAUGUAAGAGGCUUUGAUGGCAGGUUCCAGAGUCCUUGGGAUUCUCCCCACAGGCCUCAACCAGGCCCCUGGACCUCCACCUCAGCUCUCAAGCUCUGGGCCCUUGAUGCCAGUGCGAAUUCUCUCUCCCAGCACCCGGUUCUGGUGGAGGAAGAAGCUCUUCUCUGAGCUGAGCCAGGUCUAAGAGUAGUGGGAGCUCUGAGACCAGAGUUUUUAUAAAUUUAAUAUAUUUAUCAAGCCAAAUGUGCAGAUGCUAACUGGACACUCUGGGGGAGUGGGCACAGGAGUGCGUGCCCCCACACUUUGUACUCCUGCUCCCUUCUGAACAGUGGGCAGGCCAAACUGUUCAGUGGCCCCAGCCACCGGAAGCUCAGACUGGCUCAAGGUGACACUUGUGCCACCCUGUGCUCCUUUCAUCGUCCCACCUGGGUAGGGAGAGAAUAGCACUGUUAAGGCUUGGCCCAGAUACGGUUGUUAGAGCAGGGGGAGACUAGGGACACUUGCACUGAGGCCUGGAGGCCAGGAGGCAGGCUCUGGUUGCUAGAGCCUGUGUGAAGGGCCAACAGCAGUUCUUUUGAACUAUUCCCGGAAAGACUGGUACAGGGCCUGCUGCUCCCUAGGUCUCCUUCCUCUCCCUGCUGACAUCUGGGGCUUUGACCCUUUCUUUUUUAAUCUACUUUUGCUAAGAUGCAUUUAAUAAAAAAUAAAUAUUUAAAAAAGGGACAGAAUGCAGACCUAUUUCCCUUGCCUCUCGGGCUUCUGGGAUGUCAUCACCUCCAGUUUGUUGGGUUUGUUUCCAACUGUUAAUAAAGCAUUGAAACAGUA